AUGAUUUCAAGCCAGCGUCAAUUGAUACAUCUUGUGAGGGAGACCUCCAAGUGGGUAAAGGAGACGACGUUACGAUCACUUUGCCACAUAUUCCAGGUUCAACUCCACCAAUGACUGUCUUUAAAGGAAAUAAAAGGCCAUAUCAGAAGGACUGUGUGCUUAUUAUCAAUCAUGACACUGGGGAAUAUGUGUUGGAAAAACUUAGUAGCAGCAUUCAAGUCAAGAAAACAAGAGCAGAGGGCAGCAGUAAGAUCCAAGCCCGAAUAGAACAACAGUCUGCCCGAGCAUCUCAGCCUCCUUCACAGUUCAGAGCCCCAACCAAGCCAGCAGUUGGACCUAAAACUUCUCCUUUGAAGGAUAAUCCUUCACCUGAGCCUCAGUUGGAUGACAUUAAGAGAGAGCUAAGAGCAGAGGUUGAAAUUAUUGAGCAGAUGAGCAGCAGCAGUGGAAGCAGCUCAUCAGAUUCAGAAAGCUCAUCUGGGAGUGAAGAUGAAAGCUCCAGCAGUGAGGGAGAAGAGCCAGCACAUGUUUCCCCUUCCCAGCCACCACAUCAGCAGUAUAACAACAGGAAUACUGUGGCUAACGGCACCAGCAGGCCACAAGGAAGCAAUCAGCUCAUGAACACGCUCCGAAAUGACUUGCAGUUGAGUGAGUCUGGGAGUGACAGUGAUGACUAGAGGCUGAGCUUUUGCAGUUUCUGUUACAUAUAUAAUGAAGAACUAAUUUACCUUGAAGUGAUCCUAUUGCUUAUGAAGAGGAGCUGGCACAGACAUAGUUCCAUGUGUGGAAUUUUAGUCAAAGAAAUGCAUAGCCCUACAAAAUAGCAGAUGUUGAGGGCUGUUUUACUGUGUGAAUUAAGUGUAUAUAUUGUGUAUAUUCUUAUUCUGUUAAAGCUUUGAAUAGAUAUGUACAGUGGGUGAGCCAAUAUAUGUUCCUAUCCAUUGUCUGUAAGUUUAAUGUGAUGUCAUCUAAAAAUUUCUUGUUUGUAGAGGAUGUUCAGCACAUCAUGACUCUGUUGGGGGACUUUUGUAUAUAGGGUGAGCAUGAGUUGACAGUGAGUUUAAGAAAACGUGCAGGAGCUAGUGUGUGCACUGAAGUGGGACUGUCGUAUACUGAGUUUCAAUACUAAGUUGAUUUCUUUGGUUUGGGACUUUUCUAAUGCCUUUUUAUUGCUAUUUAUGUUUGGUUUAACUGACUGACUUUUAAACAG